AUGGGGAAGCUGAGCCACGUAUGCAGCCUCGAACAAGUGGACAGAGCACUACGAUUGUUGGGUGAGCAGCCCAAGUGGGAAGAGAUGCCAAAUACACAACGCCAGCAUCGCUGCUUGCGUUGGAAAGCGGCGGUGAGCCAUUACAGCAGCAAGUGCAGCAUCCUUGUCCAGGGCAAGGACGGCGUGGAGGUGGAGCGCAAGCUAUCCGCGGCUUUGGAGGCGUUGCCCACGCUGGCCGACGAGAUCACACCGGUAACGUUUGCAGCACAGGCCCGAAAGGCAUCAGCGUCGGUGGAGUGGACACCAGUCCCUGCCAGAGCGCCACAGCCUUUGCCAGAGCCAGGUGAAAUUUGGCAUUUGUACGUGGACGGUGCCUGCCCAACGAAUCGAGAUGUUCGAGCCACGCAUAAUCCAGCUGGUUGGGGAGUUGCUGUAUUCCUGCGUGCGGAAAGCGGUCAACUGCGGGACUUUUGCCGCCUGUUCGGGCCAGUUGUCGAGUCAGAUUCUGCUUUGAGCCUGGGAGCAGAGAUGUGCUCCAACAACACCGCGGAGCUUUCUGCCUUCGGAGAGGCCCUGCUGUGGCUGCGAGAUGAAGCUCCUGGUGCACAGAAAGCUGUGCUGUACUACGACUCACAGUAUGCCAAGAAGGUGACGACGGGUGAGAAUGUGGCCCACAAGAACAAGGAUCUGGCAAAGACUGUCCAGAACUUGUGGAUGGAAGUUGUCGCAGUGCGAGAAGUGGAGCUAUGCUGGGUCCAGGGUCACACUGGCGACGUGGGCAAUGAGUUGGCAGACAAGCUGGCCAAUGAAGGAGUGAAAGGACGCUACAGCCUUUCCUCGCGCCGCUGGGGGCAUUUGGCAGGCUGCAGUGAGCCACAAGCCAAGCGUGCAAGACGCGAGGCUCCACUCGAUAGCGGCAGCUUUCCUUCAAGCGACGGUGCAGUCGACAGAAGACCUGUGGCAAGCGUGCUGACUGCGCAAGAGGUCUCCGCCGCCACUCCGACUGUGCCGGCGCUGACUUGCCUGCAGAGCUGCGAUCCGCUGGAAACCCUACAGUUUGGUCCCCUGAGAGGGCAGCCUCUGGCCCAGGUGGUCCAGCAGAAUCCAGGGGAACUCGUCAAGGCCAUCGGGGAGCUGCAACUCUUCAUGACCGAGUGCGGGAUUUGGAAGGCUUUUGAGACGACCCCAAGGGCAGAUCUUUCGCCCCGCCAGCUGCCAAGUCGAAAUCUCAUGCACGAGGUGAGUCUUGGCACUGCAUUUGGAAAUCGAAUCUCGGCCGGGCCUUUGUGCAAGCCUGCUUUGUUAGGGAACUUUCACUAA